AUGACAUUUUUAAUCACAUUAGUCUUCGCUACACUUGGUUUUCUCUCACCAGACAAACCUGAUGGUUUACUGACUUGUCUUAUCCUAUGUUAUGUUAUUUUGGGCAUUCCAGCUGGUUAUACUUCAGCUCGUUUAUAUAAAAUGUUUGGCGGUACAAAUUGGAAGAAAAUUGCUCUAACAACAGCUGUUACAUGUCCAAGCUUAAUUUUUCUCAUGUUGUUUUUUUUAAAUCUUCUUCUUUGGGCAAGUGUUAGUUCAGCAACUAUUCCACGUACCACAUGUUCAGCAUUACUUGCUCUUUGGUUCUGCAUAUCAACACCAUGGGUAUUCAUUGGAGCUUAUCUUGGUUUCAAACGUUCAGUUUAUAAAAAUCCUGUUCCAAUUAAUCAAGUUCCACGACAAAUACCUGAACAGCCUUUUUACACUAAACCAUUAUUAAGUAUGUUAACCAGUGGUAUUCUUCCAUUUGGUUGUAUUUUUACUCAACUGUCUUUCAUCUUCAACAGUAUUUGGUAA